AUUUAACUUGAAUUCCAACUCAUCAUCGGCCAGCCGUGAUAUACACUAAAUUUCAUCUCUGUACUGGAAAUACUCGAAUAAUUUCCGCUUUGACUCGUUCUUUGAACGAUGUCUACAAUCUCCACAGCGCUGAGAGACUUCAAGGAGCCUACAAAGGAGCAAAUUACCCAAAACUUCUUCUCGCUAGCCUCCCUCCCUGCGGCAAUCGGCAAAGAUGCUAGAGAAGCAGACGACGAGGUUGAGAAGAUGGACAUCAACGCCGUGCUGAGCCUGGGUGUGGAAGGCGAGGAAGACUCUUAUGCUGGCAAAUUAUACCUAAUGGCGCCCUACCUGGCCUUUUCGUCCCUUGAUAAGAAAUCGGUGCGAUUCACAAUCCCGCUAUCAACUAUACGGCGCGUUGAACGCCUCAACGCCCGCGCUGGAAUUUACGCACUCAGUUUGGCUCUUUGGCACGGAGGAAAGAUUAUUGUACAACUAACGUCGCUCCGACCAACUGCGGAUCUCUUCUGUGCACUCCUUCGUGAUGCCCUCAAGAUAGAACUGCAGCGAGGCAGAAUGAAGUCAGUCAAGGGAUUCGUCAAGACUUGUUAUUCAGAAGUUCUGGUAUCAGGAUCUGCAUUCACCCCCAGCGAUGAAAAAGACGAACACACUGCCAGUGAAGCCUCGGAAUCGUCUUACCACGGCGGGCUCGGUCUCCGAUUCAAGUUUCCCGGUGAUCCCAAAAAGCUUCGGGAAGCUUCCAAGAUCAAACUAUGGAUGACGUAUCUGAAAACUCACGGGCGGAAUCUCACUCUACUCCGGUAUCCGCAAUGUACGCGUCUUGUUCAAGUUGGGCUUCCAAAUCGACUUCGAGGGGAGAUGUGGGAAACCCUUUCAGGCUCAAUAUUCCUCCGCUAUUCGAAUCCAGGUCUGUAUGAGCAGUUGCUAGAGCAGAACACGGGCAGGACCACCACUAGUACGGAGGAUAUUGAGAAAGAUCUCCAUCGUAGUCUGCCAGAAUAUGCUGGAUACCAAUCGGAAGAGGGCAUUAGCGCAUUGAGGAGGGUUCUUCAAGCGUAUUCCUUCAAGAAUCCAGAGUUGGGAUAUUGUCAGGCCAUGAACAUCCUUGCUGCAGCCAUCUUAAUUUAUAUGUCUGAAGAGCAGGCGUUUUGGCUCCUUGAAGUUCUCUGCGACCGUCUAUUACCCGGAUAUUACGCACCCUCUAUGCACGGAACUCUCCUUGACCAGCGUGUUUUCGAGUCACUCGUGCAACGAUGUUUACCCAUUAUUCACGACCACUUUCAAGCGGUCGAUGUGCAGUUAUCUGUUGCGUCUCUCCCUUGGUUUCUCAGUUUAUACAUUAAUAGUAUGCCGAUGAUCUUCGCUUUUAGAAUCGUCGACUGCUUUUUCUGCAUGGGCCCAAAAGUGUUGUUCCAAGUAGGUUUAGCUAUCCUCAAGAUCAAUGGGGAAAAACUAUUACAGAUACAAGACGAUGGCGGUUUCUUGAAUUUGAUGCGUGAUUACUUCGCCUCCUUAGGUGAUUCUGCACACCCACACUCUACCGAUCCUCGAGCUCGCGCAAUUACGCGUUUCCAAGAGCUUCUUCUUGUUUCUUUCCGAGAGUUUUCUGUAAUCACCGAUGAUCUCAUACUCUCUGAACGGAAACGUUUCCGCAACGAAAUCAUCCACAGCAUCGAAACCUUCUCCAAGCGGUCAGCCGUCCGAAAUCUGCGUAGUCUCGGAAGGUUUACAAAAGAGCAAGCAGGACUGGUAUAUGACGCGUUGUACCAGGCGAUGUGUGUCAUUCCUCCUCCUCCGGCUCAGCUACCUCCUCCCACAUUACUUAAUGAUGGCGUGGAAGAGAAACCCGAAACGAGGAUCCAGCUUAAGACAUUCCAGUAUUUCUUGAGUGAAAUCGCAACAUGGGCGCGGGAUGAGAAGAUCGUCAGCAAUGGAUUCCAGCAACGCGUUGACAGGGAUGUCGCGGAGCAUGAGUUUAUUGACCGGCUGUUCUUCUUCUGGGACACUUCAUGUUGUGGCGCUCUUUCAUUCCAAGAUCUCGUCUCUGGCUUAGACGGUGUCAUGUUCAAUGAUUUGAUGGAAAACAUUGAAUGGUUUUUUAAUCUGCAUGACAAAAACAAAGAUGGUUUCUUGACUAAGGACGAGGUGUUGACCGUUUCUGAAUCUUUUUUGUUUAUUUUCAGGUUCGAAGUUGGUGACGCGUAUCUUGGCGCUGUCAGUCGCUUCAUGACCAACGCGUUCGAAUACGGGGAUGCUCUUUUGGCCGAUGUAGAUCAACAUAAGGAGGUUGAAGAUGAUGAGACAGAACCGCGUUCGCCAUUGCCGUUGCCCUCUAAUCAGCCGUACCUCAAUCUCGCAACAUUCCGAAUGGUUGUUCUAGCUGAUGAGAUACUUGAAUCCUUUUUCGAGACGGAUCUUUCAGCUUCGUUCCGUUUAGACCCAAUUAGUGAACUCGAGCUUCCACCAUCAAGUAGUGGGCUAUUGGGUGAAUUCUGGUCGAGUAUCGCUACUGAUAGCAACAAAAAAAUGUUCAACUUGUUCACGGACGAGAUUGGCAAAACUAUCGGGAAACACCAGGUCAUUCAUCGCCCCUCCAUUGGCAGAUACAAGACUUUGGAGGAGCCAAAAGCCCGCGAAUCUCUGCUUACACCCGGAAUGCGGCACUCUGCAUCCAAGUCAAGUCUUCGUUCAUCCCCAAGCUCAUCAUCGUUACGUCCUUCAUCACCAUCGCAAGGUCUUACUGUGAAGGUACCAUCGUCAAAGGAUUUCCAGGAACCCGCGAGUGCUGUCGGUUAUUCUCCAAUGGUCCAGGCAGCAAAUGCUGCACUUCUAGCGCGUCCGGCGUUUACCAUAGACGACUCAAAAGACGACGAUGAUGAUGCUGAAGAUGAAUUGGAAGCAGGCGACAACGACGACCAAGUCAUGGACGAAGUCGACGCUUUCCUGGAGGCUCAUGAUUCGGGUUUGACCGAUGCUGAUAAAGAAGUAGCGAAAGAUCUCAUAAAUGCAGAGCCCGUCAAAUAAGUAGUCCUCUCAGGUACACAAUUCUUCCCAGAUUCUUCCUUAUGUUUUGUAUCUAUAUCGUCUUCCUUUCCUGGCACAAUACUAGUAGGAUGUAAAAUU